AUGGCGAUAGAACUAUGCUCUAUUUCGCGGUUGAACAUGCCCGAUGGAACUUUUAUUCCAAUGCUGCUUGAAAAUGGUGCUGAUCCAAACAUCGUAUUUGUCCAGAAUCGAACUGUUCUGUAUCUCGCAGUCGAAAGGGGAUAUCGAAAGUGUGUUAAAAGCUUGCUUGACAUGGGAGCCGACGUUAUCCUUAAAGCAUCAUACGGCGAAACUCCGAUUGUUACCGCUUCCAAGAAAGGAUCCCAAGAGCUCGAAAUUAUCAGGCCGAUUGGAACAAAGCCGAAAUUGAUUGAUGGCGAUACCAUCUACAGAAAUCCUUUUUUGAGAAGGGCGCUUGUUGAAAAGGGGCCCGACUUUUUCAUGGGAUGUCUAGUCGACUAUUUCGAGCUUUACCAAAUCAUGGACGAAGCCGAACAUUUCUGCGAUACAAUCAAAGCAAAUCUAGUUCGAGACGUGAAAAGCUUGAGGGGUAUCUUCGUGAAGCUUUUCGUCAGAGGGAAGGGUCUCAAUGAUUUUGUUCGAGGGACUGACUCUGUUCUGCGACAGUCUUCCACAAUUCGAGUUUGUCGCCCAGAACCUACAGGAGAAGUACAAUGUAUACCUGAAGCCACCAAAGAAGAAAGCAGGGUCUUGGCCAAUCCCAAAAUUGUUGGUUUCUAG